AUGAUUAAAUAGUUUUUAGCUUUAACAAUCAAAAACUUUUACCUUUGGAAAAGAGAUUUAAAAGGAACUCUUUGUGAAGUUUUAAUACCAGUGAUAUUUAUUUUUAUCUUAUACAUUCUCAAAGCUGUUUCAAGUACCUACUAAGUACCAUAAACAAGCUAUUUAAAUGAAGCAAUAACAUUAACGCCUUAAUGGGAUCCUUCUUUAAUUUCUAAUGGCAUCUACAGCACAAUCAAGAACUGCUCUGAUCCAGAUAAUGGAGGAAAAAUAGGUAUAACACCAAAAAUCCCUUUAACUCUGCAACUUUAGUAAAUUUUGGAAAAUUAUCCAGGUAUUUAGGUACAGUUUUUUGACAGUGUUGAUUUAUUUAAUGAUCAUAUAACUUCCAGCGGAUAUCCUAUCGAUAAUCCACCUCAAAUAUGUUUGGGAAUUCUCUUUGAUAAAUGGCAAAAUGGUGCUUAUAGUUACACAAUAGCCUAUAAUAUGUCAACAACUAAUGAUCUUCCAAUGGAUUAUAUAACUGAUUUUAUUGACUUUGAAUAAAAUAGCCAAUUUGAUGAAUAUAUUAACACAGGGUUUACAAGAAUAGUUAAUUGGAUUGAUAACAUUAUCUUAUAGUAAGAAAGUGGAAAUAAUAAUCUGUAAAUUAUUCCAUAAAUAACAAUCAUGCAAACAGAGAGUCAUUAAAAAUCAGAUAUGUACUCUUACUUAGGAAAUUUUAUGAAUAUUUUCAUAAUCAUUCCUAUGAUUGUGCCUUACUUAAGAUUAUCAUCUCGAGUGCUUCAUGAAAAAGAAUACCGCAUAAGAGAAGGUAUGAUGAUGAUGGGGUUAGGAAGAUUUGCAUUCUACUCUAGUUGGUUCAUUAGUUAUUUGAUCAUUUUUACUUUGAUUUCAUUCAUAGUUACAGUUGCAUUCAAAAUUUAUCUUUUCACAGUAGCUAAUUUUAAUGUGAUUUUUACCAUUCACUGGUGCUUUUCUCUCUGCCUUCUCACUCAGAGUAUGUUUAUCACUGUAUUCUUCCACAAGCAGAGAACUGGAAUAAUAGGAGCUACUUGUCUAUUUCUUUUUUUAUUUUUGGCUACUUUUUCAAAUAAUAACGAUUAGUAUACUUCUAGAGGAGAUUAUAUAGGCUAAGCUGCAAUAGUAACUAAUGCUAUUACAUAAGCAAUGCAAAUACUAGUUAUUCACUAAUCAAGAGAUGAAACUGUUACAUUUGAUAUGCUUGAUUAAUAUUGCAAUAGAUAAAAGAUGAUUUACUCAAUAUAUGCAAGCCUCCUAUAUGCAGGUGUUUACUUUAUCUUCUUUCUCUACUUUGACUAAGUUGUUUCUAAUGAAUUUGGAUAAAGAAAGCACUGGCUUUUCUGUAUAGGAUGCCGUUUAAGAUAAAGAAAAGCUAAAGACAGUUAAUUACUACAUAACUAAGAUUCAGAUGAGAAUAAAUUUGUUGAGGAAAUUGAUAUUUCUCUUAAAAAAUAAGAAAAUGAAAAUAAAACAAUCAAAAUUGAAGGCUUAAAAAAAGAAUUCAAAACCGAAGGUGUAAUAAAAACAGCUGUUGAUAGGAUUAAUCUUUAAAUCUAUACAAGCCAAGUUUUUUCUUUCUUAGGUCAUAACGGUGCUGGAAAAUCAACAACUAUUUCUAUGCUAACUGGAAUGAUACCUCCCACAGAAGGAACUGCAUUUAUUAAAGGUCUUGAUAUCAGGAAGAAAUAAAGUGAAAUAAGAGAAAUUUUGGGUGUAUGUCCUUAGCACGAUAUUUUGUUUGAUUCUUUGACAGUAAAGGAGCAUCUCUUUCUAUUUGCAGUGAUAAAAGGUAUGCCAUUUUCUGAAAUUUUGAAAGAAGUAUCUAAGAUGAUUAAAGAUGUAGACUUAGUUGAAAAAACUGAUUCUUUAAGUGCUACUUUAUCAGGAGGUUAAAAAAGGAAACUUUCGGUUGCUAUUGCUUUUAUUGGAGAGAGCGAAGUAGUUUUAUUAGAUGAACCAACUAGUGGCAUGGAUGUUUAAGCCCGUAGACAUAUUUGGGACAUGAUAAAAAAUUACAAACAAUAAAAAAUUAUAAUUCUCACUACUCAUUUUAUGGAUGAGGCAGAUUAUUUAGGAGACAGAAUUGGUAUUAUAUCUGAUGGAUAAAUUAAAUGUGUUGGGUCUAGUGUAUUCUUGAAAGAAAAGUUUGGAAACGGCUACAAUUUUACAUUUGUCAAAGAGCUAAAUAAUUCACCAUCUGACCCAAUUAUUAAUUUUAUCAAACAAUUCUUCCCAGAGAGCAAUUUGAUUAGUGACUAUUCUGCUGAGAUAGCCUUUUAAGUGCCUUAUAAAUAUAUACCUUCAUUUGAAUAAAUGUUCAAUGAACUAGAAAAAUAAAAAAAGAACUUGUAAAUUAGAUCUUAUGGUGUAUCAAUCACAACAUUAGAGGAGGUCUUUUUGAAAGUUGCAAGUAUGAAUGAAAAUCAUAUUGUGCAACAAAAUAAAGAACCAAAGAUCUUUUAAGAUUAAGAUUAGCUUGAAUAAUAAAAUUAUAACGAUAUUAGUAAAGAAAAGAUAUAAAAUCAAUUUUAAAUUUUUUUAGUUCAUCUCUAGGCAUUGAUAAAGAAGAGACUUCAUUAUUUCAAAAGAGAUAAAAGAGGUCUUUGUUGUGAGAUUAUACUACCAAUAAUACUUGUUGCUCUUGGAUUGUAUUCAGCUUAUUCAUCUGCAUUUAAUGAAUGGUCUUCACUUUAGCUUGAUCCUGCACUAUUUUUUGAAGAAAAUCCUGAUAUUUAUUAUGGAAGUGCUUAACCUGUUUCGAAUUAUCAAAGUAUCAUAAACAAUUUAUAACCCUAUUCAAGUUGUUCUUACAUUCUUAUAGAUAAUGUGAGUAAUAUUCAAGAAUUCGAUAACUAAUUACUAGCAAGAAAGACCACUGAUGCCAAAUUUGGAUACUAUUUAUAAAACACAAGCGGAAAUCAAAUUAAAUAUACUGCUUUUAUAAACUCUAUUAGCUUGCCUGGAAUUCCAAUAUCAAUUAAUCUUUUAAACAAUGCCAUAAUAAAUUAAAUAACUGGAAAGUAAAUUACAAUCAAAGUGACUAACCAACCUCUUAAAUUAACAUCCAAAAUAAAACAAUAUAUUGGACUCAUUUAAGGUUUUACGAUUGCUUUAUUCUUUUCAAUAGGGAUAUCAUUUAUACCAGCAAGUAUAAUUUCGUUUAUUGUUAGAGAAAGAACUGAACAUAUUAAGCAUUAACAAGUUGUAAGUGGUGUAUCAUUGAAGGCUUAUUGGAUUUCUAACUUUAUUAUUGAUUACAUAAAAUUUUUGAUUCCUACUAUUUCUAGCUUAUUUUUAGCUUAUGCUUUUGAUAUUUAAUCAGUAAUUGGAGAUGGAAAUUUCAUUUACUAUAUACUACUUUUCAUCUUUUAUGGGUUAACUUUAUUGCCAUUUGUUUACUUAUUUUCUUUUGUUCACUCAAAUUAUGGAAAUGCACAGAUCAUUUAGUAUUUUAUUCAUUUCAUCUUCGGAGGAAUAGGCGCUGCUAUAUUUGCUAUCCUUCGUUUCUUUGAUUCAACUCGAUAAGUUUAUUUAAAACUUUCUUGGGUUAUGAGAUUGCAUCCUACAUUUGCGCUUUAUGAUGGAUUUGCAAAUUUAGCUGGUAUAAAAUAUAUCUAACUAAAAGAAAGCUUAAAUUAACUACCUGAUUAAACUAAUUUAGACGUUAUGGGAGGAGAUUUAAUGUAUCUAAUUCUCUUUUUCUUUUUCUAUUCUGUCAUACUGAUUUUCUUGGAGGUUUAUAGAAAUAAAAAGUCUUUUUUUACAAAUAACUUAGAAGAUAAAUAUCCUUACGUUAAGCCUUCAAAUAUUGAUUCAGAUGUUCUAAACGAAAUGAAUGCAAUUUAAAGUGAAAACCCUAAUUAAUAUACAGUUCUAGUUAGAAAUUUGCGUAAAGUAUUUCCUACAAUAGGAGGAUCUUCUACUGAGAAGCCUAAAAUUGCAGUAGAUAAUUUAAAUUUCGGAAUAAAAACUGGUGAUGUGUUUUGUUUUCUAGGUGUCAAUGGUGCAGGUAAAACUACUACUAUGCGCAUGUUGACUGGAGAAGAAGCAAUAGGAAGUGGAGAAGCUUAUAUUUAAGGAUGUAAAAUUCCUGAAUAAAUAUCAUAAGCUUAGUAAUAUAUUGGGUAUUGUCCAUAAUUUGAUGCUUUGUUAGAUAACCUAACAGCUAGAGAACAUUUAGAAUUAUUUGCUGCUAUAAAAUGUAUCCCAUCAAGCCUAAGAGAAUAAGCCAUUAAUGAAAAAUUAGAUGAGUUGAAUCUGAGAAAAUUUGAAAAUGUAGUUGCACGAACUUAUUCUGGAGGAAAUAAAAGAAAACUAAGUGUAGCUAUUGCUAUGCUUGGAAAUCCUCCAAUUGCAUUCUUAGAUGAGCCUUCAACUGGUAUGGAUCCUGGUAAUCGCCGCUUUAUGUGGAAUGUAAUAAGCGAUAUGGCAAGCAAGAAAAAGAAAACAUCUAUAAUUUUGACAACCCACUCAAUGGAAGAAGCAGAGGCAUUAGGAACUAAAGUGGGAAUAGUUAUCGGAGGAAAUUUUAAAUGCAUGGGAAGCAUUUAACACUUAAAGAAUAAAUUUGGAAAGGGGUAUGAGAUAUCAAUUAAAACUGUUUCUGCAAGCCUUAACUAGCUAAAUGAAUUGGUAGGGGAUGCAAAUUAAAAUAUGUUAGUGUAUAAACAUAAUUUGGAAGAGGUCCUCAACUUUAUAGGACAAAGCCAUUUCAAAGAAUAAAUAAAUGAAGGAAAGUUCGCUUCAUCUAUCUACUACUUACUAAACUCAAAGAAUUAAAAUGGAGUUGAACUCUCUUUAAUAGCAGAGUCAAUAUUUAACUAUAACUUGCAAUAAAAAAUUUAAUAAUUUUUUAAAUAAAAAUUUGAAAAUUUUGAGGUGCUUGAAGGACUUAAUUGCUAUCUUAAAUUAAGAGUACAAUCGAAUCAAACUUUAGGAUUUUUAUUUGGAGUAAUGAACAAAUACUAAAACGAGCUUAAAAUAGCUUCUUACACUAUAUGCCAAACUUCUUUAGAACAAAUAUUUAAUGAUAUAGCAAACGAUAGUCUUUCUAAAACCACUGACAACUAAUGUAUAGUGUAAAUGCCUAACAUCUAAGAAAAACCUGUUAUUUAAAAUAAAUAUUAAGGCAUAAUAAACUAAGAUUAGAGUGAAGCUAGUAACAACAAUAGCUGUUAGCCUUUAUAAAUACAAAGCGUUUAAAUAAAACAAAUAAAAAAUUAAAAAUGA